GCUCUGGCAGCCAGCAAAAGCCCUGAAGCAACAGAUGCAGUGUUGGCAGUUGGAAGGGCUGAGGGUGAGGGCACCAACAGCUCUGCUACAUCCAGCGUCUGGGCACAGACCAGGCACUCCAAACACAUUCGUUGCCAACUCUGAUGGGGUGCUGGCUGCUGACAUUCCCAGAAAACACACAAGGUAUCCUCCGGAGUGAACUCAACUACUCAGCGAUCCUGCAGUGGGUGGCUUCCAUCGAACCUGAACCUGCGCUACGAUGGACCUUCAACGGGCAUCCUCGCGGGAUCGGGGAGAGGCUGAUUAUCCAGAGGUUGUCCUUGGAGGAUCUGGGCAUCUAUGUAUGCUUGGCCGAGAAUAGCCAGGGAAUGUAUUUCUCCCAGCCUGUGACUAUCAUGCUGCCACAAGACAUCGUGGAUCCCACAGACCCUGUGCCCAUCAAGCCGAACCCUACCCUCUCCCUGUCCGGAAACUCUGCCUUUGCCCUCAUUGUGGCCGCACCUGUGGUACUGGUUGGAAGCACGGUCUUCACCAUAAUCUGGAAGCUAAGGUGUGGCUGACAAAGAAGAAAUGGGUGAACCACUUUGGGUUUUUUUUGUCAGUUUAAAUAAAUUGAAUAAAAAUUU